UUUACGCUAAACGUGAGAGCAAAACUCGUCUUCGAAUGUCUUCGUUUAGAUUCCAUUGAUCUGUGUAUGACUACAGGUUGUAUAAAAGCUGCGGCUGAUCUUCUGACCUCGCUCGACAAUUCUGUGGAUCCGUGCGAUGACUUUUAUGAAUUUGCAUGUGGCAACUGGGUUAAAAACCAUCCGAUUCCCGACCAUUUGAUGGCGAUUUCUAACUUUGAUGAACCGGCAACGAAGAUAGACCAUCUGCUAGAAGAGCCAGUCGAUCCUAAGGAAAGCAAAGUCAUAGCCUACUCAAAGCGGCUAUACGCAAUGUGUAAGAACGAAUCGGCCAUAUUCUACAGCUGGAAGCGAGUGUUCAAUGAGACGAUACGCAGGCUCGGCGGCUGGCCGCUCUUGGAUUUGUCCAAUGAUACUGGACUGUCGCUGGGGACGCUGUACGGAUAUGCAGUUGUAAACUAUACUCAAGAUUCGCUAUUCAAACUGGCCGUUGGCCCAGAUGAAGUCAAUUCCUCAUUGUACAUAUUUCAAAUGGACCAAACGAGCUUGAAGUUAAUCAUCAAAGAGCUUUAUCAAUUGCCUCAGUACGAACGGGAACGCCGACGGUAUUUGGAUCUUAUGGUGAAAUCCAUGAUUUUACUUGGACUGGAUAGAAAGGUGGCCCUGAAGGAAAUGAACGAAGUUCUUAGGUUUGAAUGCCAGCUGGCUAAUAUUACCGUAGGGGAUGGAGACCUUUCCGACGACGACAGUCAGGGCGUGAAGCUGACGCUGGACCAACUGCCGAAAAGCUACCCGAACUUUCCUUGGCAAGAGUUUUUUGACGUUGUGUAUCCAGAGACAGGAGGACGGAAUCGGUCGUCGAUUCCCGUUUACAUUUAUGUUCAGUCGUACUUCGUUCGACUGAGCGAACUACUGCCACAGUUUGAUGUCAGGACUGUUCAGAACUAUAUGUUUUGGCAGUUGUUCUACAACUCGUUCAUGCAGUUUCUCCCUGAGCCGUUCGCCAAUCUAAAGUUUGACUUUCUGCUGGCACACGCUCCUCGACCAAGAUGGAACACGUGUCUCCGGUACGUGGACCUGUCACUGCCACAUGCCACGGGGGCCUUGUACGCCAAAAGACAUUUUGAUCCAGUUGCACAACGCCACGCUACGAGAAUGAUCAAGGUUAUAACCGAGUCGUUUAAGGAGCUACUGUUGGAAAAUGAUUGGCUUAGUGAUGAGGCAAGAAGAUUGGCCAUUGAAAAGGUGAAUGCGAUAUAUCUCAAAAUUGGAUGCCCAAGCUUCAUUUUUCACAAUGACGAGUUGGAUCAGCAUUACCAUUAUGUGGAAGUUGUCAAUGACAGUUUCUUCGAGACGAAGUUCCACCUUGAGUACGUCGAGAACGAAAUAUCACUGAAUAAAAUUAACACUUUUGUUAAUAAAUCCGAAUGGUUUUCUGGCUGUUCGGUUGUCAACGCCUUCUACAGUCCAAACACGAAUGAAAUCAUAUUUCCUGCAGCUAUCUUGAAACCGGUAUUCUAUAGUGAAAGUUAUCCGUGGGCCAUGAACUUUGGAGGCAUUGGAGUGGUGAUAGGGCACGAAAUCACUCAUGGCUUUGAUGAUCGAGGAAGACAGUAUGACAAAGACGGAAAUCUCCGAGAAUGGUGGGACAAUAAAACAAUCGAACAGUUCAAUCAGAAAACGAAAUGUAUUGAGCGACAGUAUUCAAAGUAUAGAGCGAAGCAGAUCAAUACAACGGUAAACGGACGAAUCACGAAGGGGGAAAACAUAGCUGACAACGGCGGACUGAAACAAGCAUUUCGAGCUUAUAAAAAGUGGGUCUCCAUGUACGGAUAUGGUCACUCGUUGCCCGGAGUUAAUUUUACCCAGGACCAGCUGUUCUUCAUCAACUAUGCCCAAGUUUGGUGCGGUUCAGUAAAUGACCAGGAGCUGUUACGGCGGAUGAAGACCUCAAUACACAGUCCAGGACCGAUAAGGGUUUACGGUCCUCUUUCCAAUUCAGCAGAUUUCGCUAAUUCUUUUCGCUGUCCGAAAGGAAGUCCAAUGAAUCCGGACAUAAGUGAAAAGUGUGAAGUAUGGUGA